UAUCUAUUUUCAUUAUCCAUUUCCCUUCUUUAUUUCUUGCUUUAUCACUCUCUUCUCUCUCUUCGGCUAGGGUUUCUUCAAAACAUGGGGUUUGCUGUUCUAAAACUACUCGUCGUUCUUCAACUUUCACUGCUAUGUUUCACUGUGUUCGGUAAUGAAGAAAUAGAUUCAGUUUCUUCUAUCCCAGAAAUUGCACCAGCUCUUCCACCAACCCACCAUCACCAUCACCAUCACCACCAUGCUCAUCCACCCACCCUUGCUCCCUCCCACCACCACCAUCACCACAACCAUGCUCCGGUUUAUGCUCCCAUGCAGUCUCCGGCCCAUGCACCGAUGAAACCCUCUCAUCCACCGGCUCACUCUCCACUACCAAACCCCCCGGCUAAGUCUCCUAGCUACCCCUUCCCAAGAAGCUUUGUCGCCGUACAAGGCGUCGUUUAUUGCAAAUCUUGCAAAUACUCCGGUGUUGAUACCCUCUUGGGAGCUACGCCAGUUCUUGGUGCGACAGUAAAACUACAGUGCAAUAACACAAAGUAUCCACAAGAAACCAAAGCUACAACGGACAAAAAUGGUUACUUCUAUAUCCAAGCUCCUAAAACCAUCACCAACUACGGGGUCCACAAAUGCAAAGUGUCGUUAGUGUCAGCACCAAACACUGCAUGCAGCAAGAUUACUGAUCUUCACGGUGGUUUGACCGGCGGAGUGUUGAAGCCGGAGAAGAAAUUUGUUGUUAAUAAGCUUCCGUUUGUUAUGUUUAACGUUGGUCCCUUUGCAUUUGAGUCCAAGUGCCCGCGUUAAACUUGUAAUGGUGUGAAUUUAAACUGUGUUUGUGCUGUGGUUGCACCAGUUUAUUUAUGAUAAUGUUUUUUUUUUGAGUUUUUAGGUUUAGUUUUUUAGCAUUUGAAUUUCUCCGGGCGGUGUGUUUCGAUCUGUACUUUGUGAUGGCGCUAUGUUUACCGUUAAGCAUUGUGAAGUUAAUUUGAAUGGGAAAUUAAAGAUAUUUUAGAAUUUAA